AUGAGGAUUUUCAUAGCUUUUGAAGGAUCUUUUGAACCGUUCGACGUGGCAGCAGACGAGACGGUGGAAGCCGUCAAGCUGAUGAUAAAGGAUUUCUUCCACAUCCCUCUCUCUGAGCACAAGCACAGCAGGCGGUCUCUGGAGCUCGUGUAUGCCGGAGCAGCUCUGAGGAACAAUUGGAGUCUUGCUGACGUUGGGAUCUCGUUCUGCUCGACUCUCAAAUGCUUUCUGAAGGAAGAAGAGAAGCCCACGCUCUACGUGUUCAGUGCUGUCACCCAGGAGACCGUGCCGAUCGUGGACAGCUCCCUUCUUGGUAAAAAAGUGUCUGACCUGAGGACGCUGGUCACUCUGAGAUGUGGCUUUCCCGUGAGCGUCUACUGUCUGCGGACCCCCCAGGGCCUGGAGAUGUUCGACUGUAACAGCCUGAAGGCCUACCAGAUCGAAACCGGCACAACCCUCCGUUUGGAUGUCUGGGAUGGAUGGAAGGAGUUCCUGAUGGGCUGUCUCCUCGGGCAAAAACUUAAAGUCCAACGCUAUUUGUCCCAGGAAGGAGCAAUACUCAAGUACCAGAAAAGGGUGGUCCUGUACCUCGCCGCCUUCCGUGGGAACACAGAGCUCACUGAGUGGGCCCUGAAGCAGGGCGCACAGCCCCACGAGGCAGUGGGUGUUCACCCCUAUCGCGCAUGGUGCCAUGAAGCUCUGCACGCCGAUGUCACUAAGUGCCCCAUUCACGCUGCCGCAGAAGCAGGCCACCUGCUGAUUCUGAAGGCCUUUGUCAACUGCAGUGUCCUGUGUCUGGAAUGCAAAGACGCAGCCGGGCAAACGCCCCUGGCCAUUGCCACCAGACACGGGCAUAGAGACUGUGCGCUGUAUUUGCUGAGCAAGGCGUGCUCCACCGUGUCUUUCCUGAAAACCUCCAUCUCCAUGAGGAUCUAUAUUAAAAUAAAGCAGUGGGUCCUCAGAGCCCAGAGUCAGAGCGUUCAUAAAAGCCAGCUUUGCAGAGCAAAGGUGUCCGGGGCAAAGGUUGGGGACACUGUGCUAGUGGAUGGUUUCACCAAACCAAAAAUGACCUCCAAGAGCUGGCAUAAGGCUGGGAACAGGGACUUACAAAGUAAGCUCCCCCCUCUCAAGGACCAAGUGACAAGCAGGAAACCUGUCCAGGGUCUGGCAGCUUCACAGAGGGACACGAGAGGACAGGUCCUGACGCUCCCUGCGCUGGUAGGCACGAGAAGGUUCUCUGACUCGCACAGACACGAGCAGGAAAAGCAGAAGCAAAGACGUGCUGCAGCCAGGGCAAAAGAAAGGCGCGUGAGAACCGAAUACCUCCCACAAGUCCCCCUCCCGCCGUUCUCCAGAGUGGGGUACUCGCACCCCUCCUUUUACUACGCAACGCCCAGCCAGGAUGCUUUGCUCAGGUCCUCCUUCGCGUCCUUCUCGGAGCACAGUGGGAGGACCCCGAGGGAGAAUGCAGUCUACUGCUUAGCUGUGGCCAGGUAA